AUGUCCCGAUCCGCCGCCGACGCGACAAGGUUCACGGCCACAGGGCCCUACGCCAGCUCCAAGCCCGGUGCGGCACCGUACAAGCUCCCCGGCUUUAUGGCAGACGCCAAGAGCAGCACAGCACAGGGUCCCGGAGGGAACCCAGAGACCCCGAAGGAGAAAGUUGAGCGGUUGCGAGCUCAGGCACGGGCGGCUCGGCUGGCCCAAUCGACCUCCCGCAUGGACCAGUUCAUCGAUGUAGGGCGCAGAUUCGCGAACAAGGCUCACAAGGUGAUGGUUUACAGUUUGAUCACCGCGUCAGGCAUUUGCGGUGCUCUCACGAUCUACUCUAUGGUAUCCUUGACGCUAUACAACCGUCGUCAGCGGGUAUUGUGGGUUGAGAAGGAACUGCAGAGGCUGCAGGAUGCAAAGGUGGCCUAUGCCAGCGGAUCAGCAACACAGGAGCAACUCGAGAUGAUCAAGAACGAGGAAAUCGGUGAGAUCUUCAAGCGGAAGAAGGAGGAGGAGAAGGCGCAGAAGCCAUGGAACAAGGCCAAGGCUUAUCUGUUUGGGGGAUUGAAGACGGACGAGCUCUCGUCCGAGUCAACGCCCAAGAUCGAGGGCGCUGCUGACAACAAGAUUGGAGUGUUAGAGGCGCUUAAUGCAAAGGCCCUGGAGGAUGCCAAACUCAAUGCCCCUGCCCACGUACCUGCGCCACCAGCACAGCAAGGACAGCUCGAUGUUCUUGCUGAGAACGUCGAGACAGCUGCGAAGCAAACAACACGAAGCUGGACGAGUUGGUUGACCGGACGAUGA